CGCGCAUCGCAACCGACAUCACCGCUACGAUUCCCCAUUUUCCUCAUUUUCCCCAUUCCCCCAGCUCUUGACGAUGCCAUGGGGUCUGUGGGCAUCGCCUACCGGGAAGGAUGAGGGAACUCCAUCACCCUCUUCUUCGACCAAGUAUUCAUCAACAACAUCAACAACAAGCGUCAACCACAGCAAUCAUGGCAUCCACAACAUGCCUUCGAACUUCCUUUCCAACUCGCCUCGUCCAACGGAGCGUGCGCCGCCGCCUGCCGCAGAUAUGGCAGACAUACCACCCAUCCCGCCCCAACUAAAAAAGAGAGCCAUUUCCUGGAACGAUUCGCUUUGGACGCUUAUCGACUGGCAGCACUACCAAGAACCGCGAUCGAUCGUGCUCUACACCCUUCCGACCAUCGGAGCUUUCGCGCUCUUCGGCAUCUGGCGUUCGUUUCUCCGCCGCUUUCGCGGCACCGCAUAUAUCUCGCCCGGCUUCUUUCGGCGGCGCACGCUGCUGGGCAAGGUGACGAGCGUAGGCGACGGCGAUAACUUUCAUUUCUUUCACACGCCCGGCGGGCGGUUGGCGGGGUGGGGCUGGUUGCGUAGGGUGCCAAUGGUUAGGAAGGAAUUGAAGGAUCGAACGAUCCCAAUCCGCAUCGCUGGCAUCGACGCCCCAGAAGGCGCCCACUUCGGCCGGCCCGCACAACCCUACUCGAGCGAAGCCCUCCAGUGGCUCCGAAACUACAUUCUCGGCAAGCGCGUGCGGGCACGCAUAUACCGCAAGGAUCAGUACGACCGGGUCGUUGCGACCGUCUUCGUUCGGAAACCGCCCUUCUUCCUGCGCAAGGACGUUGGGCUGGAAAUGCUUAAACUUGGGCUGGCGACCACGUACGAAGCCAAGACGGGCGCGGAGUUUGGCGGGCCUAAGAUGGAACAGGUGUAUAAGAAUGCUGAGGCGGCGGCGAGGAGGAAGGGGAAGGGGAUGUGGGCGAAUACCCUGACGGGAUUUUUCGGGCUGGGAAGGAGAAGGGAAAUCGAGAGUCCGAGACAGUAUAAGGACCGGAUGAGAGCGGCGGGAAACACUAUACUGGGGAAGAAGACUGCGGCGCCCAAAGCAACAACGGCUACCAAGAAGGCGCCGGCCGUGAAGAGGGAGACGGCGGCGGCUGCGAAGAAGGAGAAGACCAAAGCGACGGCUGCAGAUAGUACCGUGGCAAAGAUGCCAUGAUGGUUGCAGGAAACGGACGACGACUGAUAAUACCCAUGAAAUGAUAUAUCCAAGGAAGAGGUCAGUUGGCACAGAAACACAGUCAUUGCUCGGAAGUGCUGUCUUGGUUCGCCGAGUCUCCAAUCGUUUGGACUUAUCGUACACAAUCGCAUUGAAUCUGAGUAGAGUCUAUACUGAGCAGGCCUUGUACAUUCGGCUUUGUGACAUAUGGAAAGCCUUUCCAAGAAGAUAUGAAGGAUACAACUGUUGCCGCGCCAAUACAAGCUCGUUUCGUUCCCCG